UUCACCACCAGCAAAUCUAACAGUAUUAACCCGCCAACAACAAUUGCAACAACAGCAAAAUGCUGCCGCAUUUUAUGCUUCCAAUGCUGCUGUUGAUACCAGCGAUUUAAUGAUACGCUUGCGUGAAUCGAUAAAACAAAAGGAAGAAUUUCUCAAAUCACCGCUACCUAAUGUCCAUCAACAACAACAACAGCAGCAACAACAACAACAUUUCUUUCCUCAUACACCACCCUCAGGCAGUCCACAAUUGUCGAUGGUCUCAACAUCAUCGACAUCUGUGGGGGGAUCCGGUUCAUCAUCAUCGGCCGUUGUUGGCGGUUUAAGUUUUCACAAUAACAACAACAGCAGCAAUAGUGGCAGCAAUGCAACGGCACGAGGACAAGUGCGUACCUUAGUUAAACAACCACUGUCGGCCACUUCAUCGACGUCCAGUACGAGAGAAUUACUAACAGCAAACUGUGAUAUGCAUUACGCACCGAAUUUAGGUGGCUCCAGUACAACUGGAGGUAGUGGUGCUGGUGGAAUCUAUGGUUCAACAACGGCUCGUAGUCAACAACAGCGACUUGCCGCGACCACCGCCGCCAACAGUAGCAGCUCUGGCAUUAGCUCCAGCAGUACCACAAACGGCAGCAGUUCAAUGUUGCGUGAUAAAUACCAUAAGGAUUAUGAAUUCAUGGAAACAUUGCAGGAAACUGGUGUCACUAACAAAGUAUUUGAAAGCAAAUUGGUUUCACAUUUAGCCCGAGGUUUUGAUCCUUUCAAGCCUUUGUCUAUCAACACAAAUGCCAUUGAAUCUACAACAGCAGCAACAAUGGCAUCAUCUACAGCUCCAGGCAAUAAUAGCAACAGCAGCAGCAACAACACGGGCAGCAACAUUAUGAAAAAGCCAAGUGUUUUAUAUGAUUCACUGCAUCAUCAUCCAUUGCAUCAAAUGCAGCAGGUGCAGCAACAACAGCAACACAUGCACAGCCAAUUACACCAACAGCAUGUGUAUCAGCAUCAUCAUCAACAACAAUCAGCAACGGCGCCAAAGAUGACAGUUCCAAGUGCUGCAACGGCAACAACAUCCGCAGCAACAACAACAACUAAUCUAUCCUCAACACCAGUAACAAUCGCAUCAGCGGGAACAUCCGCAACAUCCUCAUCGUCCUCAUCAUCUGUGGUCGAUGGCCAUCGUUUUAGUCGCAUGGAAAUCUAUAAGGCCAGUGUGGCCAAUGCAACAAUCGAUCAUCAAACUAAUAACAAGAAUGGAAGUAAAUUAACGGCGACAGAUUCAAAUGAAAUAAAAUCAACAUUGGCCGAUAUUGCAGAAGGUGAUGUUAAUACCGGUACAACAGUAGUUGAAUCGAAUAUAAAAUCCGCAUCAGGAACUACACAAACAACAAACGUGAGAGCGGCCUCAGUACAACCCUCAUCCACAGCUUCAGGCGGUAGCAGCAGCAAUGUUAUAAGACGUUUCAGACCCAUGUCUUCAUUCGAUGAUUCGAAACCAAUGCGUCGCAUUUCAUAUUUACGUGCUACCAACGAUGAUUAUCAUGAUACAUCGGCCACAUCGCUGGCCAACACAUCAACCAGCAGCAUAGCGGAAACGCUCUCUACGAAAUCCACAAAAUCUCAACAGCAGCACAUUGAGGAACAUCCUGAUCCAAUAUAUGAUACAGUGGGUGGUGGUGGUGGUGCUGAUAGUACCAGUGAUUCAUUGGAUGCCUUGGAAGAUUUGAAAUUGGAUGCAUCUUGUAGUAGUCGUAGAACAUCGGUAAAUAGUGAUCUAAGACACAGCGUUCACAUUGAUAGCCUCAGUGGUAUUGAUCUAAACGGUAAAAUGGAAUCCAAAGAUAUUUCAACCGAUAUGGAAAUCUUUGAAACGGAAAUGGAAAUCAAAUCAUCAUCAAUACAAGGCAAACGACAAUCCGAAUAUCGUUCAUGGCGCCAAGUUAAAAUCGAAAUUAAAGGUGAUAUGUUAAGAAUAUAUCCCAGUCGUAAUACGAAAUCAGAUAGCAAUGUACUUGAACUCGACAUUAGAAACUUUGAAAUCUUUGACGAAUCAGAUAAAAAGAAAUAUGUAUUUCGCAUGCAAUCGAAACCCUCACCGAUAGCCACAUUAGGCAAUGAGUUAAAUAUUGAUGAUGUGCCCGACAAAUUAACAUCAUCGACCGGUAGUUCCUCCUCAACACAGCAACAACACACAACGGAAACGAACAAUCAACCGCAUACCGAUAUUCUAUUUAAAACGAAAAGUGGUGCUGAAAUGAAAAGGAUAUAUGGUUUAUUGCAAUGGAAGAAUAGUUUAAUAUUUAAUGACAAUGAUCCUCAAGGUAAACAGUUAGCGGAACCACAAAAAACUCCCGCUAGCAUGUCUACAACAACACACAACAGCAAUUACUGUGAUGACAAUGUACAACAGCAACAACAAUCAGGAAGCGGCAGCGGCCAACAACAUUUACAAGCCGAACAUUCACCCUUAAGUUCAACGUCACGUAGUGAAUUAGAAGCCACGGAUUCAAUAUCGCCUGUUAUGAAAACACGCAAAUCAUCUUCACACAAAAAUAUACCCGAUAAAGAUUUGGGUUCGCCAAAAGCCAAAAAUUGGAAAGAUCUAUUGUUUCGUCGUGGCGGUGGUAGUAGCAGUAGCGGCCACAGUGCCGAUUUAUCACCAUCAAAUUUGUCAUCGUCGUCGAAAACUGUCGGUUCAAUUGGUGUACCAUUGAAAACGUGUCCCAUG